AUGGAAGUGAAGGUUGAUGGUCGGCAGCUACACUAUUUGCGCUUUGCUAAUGACAUCGUAGUGAUAACACCUUGCAUUAGCCAAGCCGAACGAAUUCUGACCGAAUUUGAUGAAACAUGUGGAUGCAUCUGUCUUCAGCUGAAUCUGCAAAAGACGAUGUUCAUGCGCAACGGAUGGGUCUCGGAUGCCCCAUUCACGCUCAACGGAACGAACAUAUCCGAAUGCUCCAGCUACGUUUAUCUGGGUCGGCAAUUGAACAUGAAGAACGACCUUACCUCCGAGCUGUGCAGCAGUAAGCGAGCCACUUGA